GGCACUAGGAAUUGAACUCAAUUCCUCUGGAAGAGAAGCCGUCUCUCCAGCCUCAAAUCCUUUUAUUUUCCAGUGGCCACUGGUAGGACUAGUGGCUGAGGUGAAGGUCCCUAACAGACUGAAGAGCAGUGGUGUGUCUCUACUGAGACUGUCCAUGUGUCUGUCUACCAUUUUCCAGAGGGUAUGAUUUCCUGAAUCUGGGUAGGAACAGACACUGAGCCAUGACCUGACCAUUGCAGGUAGCACUCCUCAUGAUAGGUCAGGUCAUGGCUCAGUGUGAUCAAGGGAUUUCAGAUCACCAUUGUUGGUUGCACGAGCACAGGAGGUCUAACCCUUUUCCUAGUGUCGUCUUCUAAGUCUUCCCUCAGUGUUUAAAAGAAUCUUUAUUCUUUCACAGCCUUGGUUAGCCCUAUCCUAAGGUAUUUCUUUCUCGAGGCAAUUGUUACUGUGGUCCUUGAUUGUGUUCACAAUGUUUGUCAUUGUGAUUAGGAAGGCAACUGCUGAUUUCAUAUCCUACCACUUUGAAGAAAGUGUUUCUCACCUCUCAGAAGUUCAGGUGGAAAUCUUUAGGGCUGCUUCUUUGUACAGCCAUAUUGUAUGCAAUUGAGGACACUUUGAUGUCUUCCUUUAUUUUAUGACUUCUGUUCUCUCCUUUGUCUUACUCUGACAAGAAUCCUGGCACUGAAUUGACACCUUGUUUAGUUUCUGAUUUUAGUGGAUGUGCUUUGAAUUUCUGCCCAUUUCCUGUAAUGUUUGCUACAGUUUUGUGACACAUAGCUUAUACCAUGUUGAGAUAUGCUUUUCUGACUUUUAGUGUCUACAGGGCUUUUUGUAUGAAGGGAUCCUGGGUUUUGCCAAAAGUCUUUGGAUGACCUGUGAUCUCAGUCCUUUUGUCCACGUUAGUGAAACUCUGAAUUUAUUGAUUUGUCUGUGUUAAAUCAACAUUACACUUCAGGUAUAAAGCCAACUAUCUCAUGAUUGAUCUUUUUGAUGUGUUCUUAAAUUUAAUUGGCAAGUAUUUGAUUGGGAAGUUCAGAGAGAUUGUUUUGUGUUUUUUUCUUACAUGUUUAUGUGGUUUCUGAAUCAAGGUAAUGCUGGCCCCAUAAGGAGUCCCAAUGCCAUCUUUCCUUACCUAUUUUGUGGGGUCCUUUGAGAAGUAAUGGUGUUAGUUCUUUGAAAGUCUGGGGAGAUUCAAAGGUUCUUCAUGUGGACCUGGGAGGUGCUGAAUUUGGAGGUUUUAAGUUACUGCUUUGAUUUCCUAUUUUAUACUUCAAAAGACACCAGAUGCACUAUCUCAGGGUCCUAGUUUAUGCCAUUAUGUUUAGGUCCUUUUACCUAUGUGAAGAGAAUUAAGAAAUGUUGUCUUUUUAGCUGUAUUUCAUUUUCAUUUCAGUUUAAUGUCUUACACAGUUUGCUUAUACUAUCCCAAGGUAAGCAUUGCCAAAAAUCAUCAGUGUGGGGCAUAGACUGUGUUACCAGCAUGGACUUCUCAGAUGAGUGUGGACUGCCUCAUCCAGGCAGCUUUCUCCUCUGGUCUGUGCACUUGUGCGGCAAUGGGGAGACAUGUGUGCCUAAGUGGAGUGUCCUUUCCUUCUCCAGCCACUAACACUGUUGUAGAACCAAGCUAGGGCCGAACAACAUGCUAAUAUGCCACUAACCACCAUGGAGCCUUGGGUUCUCAAUUAAGUAUGUUGCUCUCUGCCUUUAGAAGGAUUGUAGUCCUGGAACCAGUUUCUGAUCUAAAAAAAACUGUAAAGAUUAAAAAAAAGUGAACUGACUUAAACUACUACACUGGAGGUAAUGGGAGUCUAGUGACACUCCCUUUCACAUUUCCCUAAGUUCUAAAUCUGGAUCGAUGUUUUAACAAUUAUCAAAUGGCCCCUCGUUGUUUAUGUAUAACUGAAAGCCAUCAUUUUAAAUUUAUUUUGUUUUUUCAUUUAUUAAGUCAAAAUCUAAUUACAUUCCCUUUCCUUACUCCAACUCUUCCCAUGUCCCACUCCCUCAUUUGCUCUCAAUUUCCUGACCUCCUUUUCUUUAAUUGAUUAUAUAUGCACACACAUGAUGUGUGUGUAUAAACAUACAAAUACAGCUUACUGAGUUCAUUCAGUGCUGCAUGUACAUGAUUUCAGGGCUGACAGUUUGGUGUUGGAUCACCAAUUUGGGGACUCCUCCUUAGGGGAAGACUUCUCCCACUCUCAGCAUCCUUUCGUUGCCUGUAGUUCUUUGUAUAAGGGUGGGACUGCGUGAGAGUCCCGCUUCCACAUUAGCAUGUGCUAGUGUUAGUAGGCUAGUUCCUUAUUCAGGUCUUGUUUAAUUGUUGGGUGAAGUUUUCCUGUCAUUUCUAGGGGACACAGUUUCACGACAGAUUUUCUUUUCUGUUUUGGUCCUCUGACUCUUAAAUUUGUCUGUUCCCCCUUCUGGUAGGUUCCCUGAGCCUUGCUUAUGUGCAGCAGUUAUGUUGUGGAAGUACCUGUCUGCUAAGGCUGGGCACUCCCUGAUCUGCAUUUUGUAAUCUGCAUUUUGACUUUCUAUAUUAGUCUCUGUGCAAAAAGAAGCCUCUUUAGUGAGGGUCAGGAGUUACACUUAUCUGCUUGUCUGAGGAUAAAUAUUUAGAACACAGUUAGGCAUUAUGCUGGCUUGGCAAAGUGGCAGUAGUAGGUGCUCCUCUAAGAUCCAUGACCUUAGUAGCCUCAUGUAAUUAGCUAGGUUUCUGGUACCAUGCAUGAUUUCCAUCCUGUCGAGUAGGUCUUAAUCCAAUUGGAGAACUGUUGUUGUCACCAAGAUACAAGUACCACUAUUGCACCCUCAGGGAUGUCUUGCCAUGUUGGUCAUUGCUGUGUUUCGUAGGUUUCACAACUGGAUAUGACUUCUGGCCAAUUCCCUUCCUUGGCAGCUUGCCUAGCACCUUCCAGAACUACUAAAGUUAGUCCUCAGGGAGGGGCUUUCAGGUCAUAUCCAGCUUUGGGUCUCCAAGUCCUGUGACCAAACUGCAUGGUGUCUUCAACAAUAGGGACUUACCUUCAACCUCUAUGAGGCAACUAAAGGCAACAGCAAUAGUUUGUAUUGUUUGGGAAUCUCUUGGACUCUCCUGACUGACAGCUCAAAAGGCAGGGACAGGGAUUUUUAUUAGAUAUAGACUAUGGCUCUUGGGGGAAUUUUUAGCCCACGUGUUUGAACUUAAUUUAUAAUAUAUAUGCAUAUAUAUGUAUCAUGAGUGAUUUUGGGUAAAGAAUAAAUAAUAUGAUUCCUUAUGGCUUUUCAAACAUCCUUAGUGUCAUUUCCCCCCUCCUCCUUUUCUGUCCUUUUGCACUGAUCUCCUUUACCUCCUUAAGGUCCCUCCAAAUUUUCCCAUUUCCCGUUUCAUAUCAUUUGCUCUCUGCUAUUUCCCUCUAUUGCUCCUCCACCUAUCUACAGGAUACCUUUUAUUUUCCUAGUUUCAAUGGUUACUCCAGGUUGUGUAACCCUCACAUCUGAGGAUGUAUAGUUAGGAACUACCCAUGGGGGAGAAUAUGUGGCAUUUGUCUUUGUGGACCUGGGAUGCAUCAACAUAUUUGCUAGUUCCAUCCAUUGAACUGCAAAUUCUACAAUUUCAUUUUUCUUUACAGCUGAAUAGUAUUUCAUAGUGUAUAUAUGUCACAUUUUCAUUAUCUAUUAGUCUAAAUGAUAUCUACUUUAGUGGCCAAAUGACUAUUCAUCAUUUAUGUGCAGUUGAAAGUCAUAUUGCUUUUAUUUAAGACAGUCUCACUGUUUAGCUCUGAAUAGUUCUCACUGGAAGUGAUUGGGCUGCCUUUGCCUUCAUAGUGUUGAGAUUAAAGAUACUCACCUCCAUCUCCGCUUUCUAUUUAAACCCAACGUAUCAUUAAUAUUCUUAACAGACUUCUCCAUGAAGUUGUAAAAAAGGAAAGCAUGGUUAAAAAUUAUUCAGAGAAAGCAUAUACCUUGCCCAACAUUUCUAACAAAAUAUGAAAUGGAAGACUGACAGUCUUGUGACAAACACCUUUCCUAUUGCCAAGAACAAAUAAGCAUCCAGGAUUUCUCAACAUCUUUAAAGACAUAAAAUCAAGAAUACUAUAGUUAAUAUCUACUAUGUGCCUCUUCAAGAUUCUGAUCUAGAUUUAUGUCUCUGAUAGGAUUUGAUGUACGCGUGGAAUGUCAGAAACUGAGUAUAGGGGAAACCAUAAAGAGAAGUGCUAAGGACUGGAGAAAGAGUCAGGAAAACACAACAAAGAAGCUGUUUUUGGACUCUUAGCCAGCUGUAGAGCCACAAAGGAUUGUUUCACAGUGACACCUGGUGGUCCACAGGAAGCAUUUUGCAAAUACACAUCUGCCCAGUAGUGGACUCUGUUAUUAUCAGAGCAAUUAGCCAAGGCAGUGGGUUCUCUCCACAUGGGAACUUCUCUCUGUACAACCAUAGCUGACUAGACUUUGCAGAAGGUCUCAGGUAUCUUGAGGUGGGAUGCUAGACAGUCCCGGGACAUGCCUAAUAGACAAUGGAAUCUCAGGACAAGUAGGACCAAGACAUGGAAGCAACUGCUGAACACAUGUACUAGAAAUACUUGGGGGUGGGGACCAGACUCCUGAUUAUAUGUGAUCUGCAGACCUGCCCGACUCAGCUCAGAUGGCCUUUUCCAUUUUAAAGUUAGAACACAGGCUGCACACAAAUGCACCCCCAUGAGGUUAUCAGAGAAAGCAUCCAUAUUAGAACGCACAGCUGAGAUGAUCAUGAAUGAGAGACUGAUCCCAAACUCCAGGAGGUAGUGAAGGCCCAGAUUAGUGUCAGCCAGCCAGACCCCUAGACAGGGAGUUAUAGCCCUCAUCAUAAAGGAUAACAGAACUUCAGAUGAGCCGAGAUCCCAGGCCAGAUGUAGGAUCCUUCUGGUGAGUAGACCGAGGUAACAGCUCCCGUGAGGAAGCAGGGUGCUGUUCUUUUCAUAGAACGGUCUUGCCCAGGUGUGCUUCAGACAGCAUGGACUUUACUCCAUAGAGUAGUUAUCAAACUUUCCGCAAAGUUUCCGCAAAGCAUUGAGGAGAUUCAAAUAAUCAAGUCAUGAGUUCAAAAUCCCUCAAACAUUCCCAUAUUUGAUAUCUGCCAAUCACUUCAUAUUCAGUGUUCCUAAUAAUUAUCAUUACAUGCUAGUAACUGCACCAACUGGAGUGUUAAGAUAUUCUCUUUUUCCCAAGCUGGCCUAUCAGCGGUCUGUACUGUAUGAUGUAAUGAUUACUACUUGAGAAUGGAAAGAGAGACCUUAAGGAAUUGCUCAGCUGGCUGUGUCCAGAGGAGAGAGGGGAAGCUGUGUUGGGGAUGCAGCCAUCAGGCACUCCUCAGAGCUCAAUGACUGAGAGAGAAGGGAAUGAUGAAAUGAGUGCGCACAAAAUUGUCUUGAAAAGUGGGGGUGGGGGAAGAGGUAAACUCUUGAUGGUUCAAGAACAGCCAUAGAUGUAAGGAGUUCAGAGUAGCCUCUCCUUGAGUGGAGGCAGAAUGUUAGGACUGUAGUGGAAGCCAGGCAUGGAUUUAUUAUUAACUGAAGGUGGGCAUUGUCCCUACCAAUGACAUGCCAUUGUGCAAGGUGAUUUGACAGUGAUACAAGAUGAAGAAACUCAGACUGGUAAGGAGGGUUAUCCUCUGUGGAAUUAAAUCCUCAAGUCAUGAAUUCAAGAUCCUUCCAGCAUUGCCCCAUUAAACAGCUGCCCACACUUCAGCUACAGAAUCCUUCCGCCAAACUAGAGAACAAGAAACCUUUGUUUGUCUGAGAUGGCUUAGCAGCGAUCUGUGUUUUACAACUCACUGUUUCUUGAGAAUGCUAAGUGAGAUUUUAAAGAGCUACCAAGUGUGUCAUGAUUAGUGGAGAGGUUAUAAUGGGUGUCCAGUCAUAAGACACUGCUCAAUGCUCAAAGACAUCCUUCUGAUGUAUGACUGACAGAGAAGAACAUGAUGAAAUGACAAGCUUGUGCAGAUCUUUAUUGUGGAAGUCAGAGGAGAGAAAGGAUGGUCUCUGAGGUUCAUCAGAGAGCCGCAGCAGGUGACAGGAGUCUUUCUAGUAGAGAGGCGAUAAGAGCUGUUUUCUCUGCACAGAGGCAGAAGGCUAGGGCAGUAGUGAAGGUCAGGCAUGAGUUUAUUAUGCAAUGAUUAACUGAAGGUGGGCAUUGUCCCCUACCAAUGACAUGCCAUUGUGCAAGGUGACUUCAUGGUUAUAUAAGAUGAGGAAACUCAUGUUUGGGACACAGACGGGUAAGGAAGGUUAGCCUCUGUGGGCUUCUCUCGAGAUGGCCAUGGGACUCCAGGUGUCUCUGCAAGGACUCUCAGGGCUGGUGCUCCUGCUCUGUUCCCUUCCCUGGGCUGAGAGUGGGAAGGUGCUGGUGAUUCCCAUGGAGGGCAGUCACUGGCUGAGCAUGAAGACCAUUGUGAGGGAGCUCCAUGCCCGAGGCCAUGAGACUGUGGUCCUGGCUCCAGAUGUGUCUGUGUACAUCAAAGAAGAUGAUUUCUUCACUCUGAAAAGCUAUGCUGUUCCAUACACCAAGGAAGAAUAUGAACAUAACUUGUUGAGCCUUCUUCAAAUGUUCUUUGAAAAUGAAUAUUCUGUCACGAUGUUCUUAAGCAAUAUGGAACUUAUGAAAAACAUAUCAGCAUUCUAUGUGAGAAGUUGCACGAGUCUACUGCACAACACGGGCCUUAUCCAGCAUCUGAACUCCAGUUCCUAUGAAGUGGUGCUAACAGACCCUGAGUAUCCCUGUGGGGCACUGCUGGCCAAAUAUUUGAAUAUUCCUGCUGUGUUUCUUCUACGCUUCAUUCCUUCUGAUGUUGAAUUUGAGGCUGCCCAGUGUCCAAGCCCUCCCUCAUAUGUUCCAAGGUUAUUAACAAGGAAUUCAGACCACAUGAGCUUUCUGGAGAGAGUCAAGAACAUUCUCUACAACCUGCCAUUCAAGAUCAUUUUCCAUUUCUCUUAUAUACCCUAUGAGAGCCUGGCCUUGGAUCUUUUGCAGAGACAAGUGUCCUUUAUGGAGAUUCUCAGCCAUGCAUCCAUAUGGCUCCUUAGGUUCGACUUUGUCUUUGAGUACCCCCGGCCCAUCAUGCCCAAUAUGUUCUUUGUUGGGGGAAUGAACUGUGCCAUCAGAAAGCCACUCUCUCAGGUCUGUAUUCAGUUUUUUCCAAGGUCUGUUCCACCAAUAUAGGUUUCCUAAUGUCCUCAUUCUGAGUUGUUCGUUUACCUGGUCAUCUUUCAGGAACUUUGGUGAGUUAAAUCCUUAAGGCUUCUUCAGUUGGUGUAUCAGUAUUUGAGUGUCUAAAGAGAAGAGUGGGGGCAAUCGUGAGGAUCUCUAGCAGAGUGGAGGAGCCAUGGUGGGUAUCCACUGAUCAUGCCCACUUAUCAUGACAGUGUCUCCUGAACGUGAUAUAUCCAGAAUCUGGGGAUGACCAGAGACGCUGAACUUGCUCUCAGACUUUCAGGGACAGGUGUCUGGGAUUCAGAUCUUGGCUCCAGGGAGGGGCAAUUCCUUUGCAGUAAGUCUGCAGUUACCUGGAUCUCACACAAAGCUGGGAGGACUUUCUGCUAAGGCACCAAUCAGUUUGACCUGAUGGUCCUUAAGCUCAUCUGUCCUCCCUGGAUUUCUAUUCUCCAGUCUCUAUGAGCAGCUCUUCUCCCUUACCAUCUCCUUGCCUUGGUCUGUAUCUGGAAAUUGGAAGAGAAGCAAAGUACAGCGUGUUUCCAUGGUUCAUCUUAGUUUCUUCAUCAUCGGCGCCCCAGUAUUGUUUUGAGUAUGACGCUCGUAGAUCAAACAGCACACUCAGAUUGCUCAUCUUCAUGCUUUGUGUGUCAAAGCUUGCCUCUAAAUCUGUCCAGUUCCUAAGUAAAUGCCUAGUGCUUGGACUUGCUUAAGUUGGUAGAUUUACCUCCCCUUCUUACUUAAUGUUAAACCAUUGCUUUAUUCAGGUAUUUUUGCUUCAUAGAUUCCCACAAUAACAAACAUCCCUAAAUUGUAAAAUGGUUGAACAGUUCAUAUGAAACAAUAUCCAGGCUUUUUGAAAUUAUUCUCCUUUGCUAAGUAGAGGAACACAGACAGAGCAUAGGCUUCUGUAUUUGUUCCUGUUGACAUCAACAACUUCCUGGUAUGUGGUCACAUGAGCUGGUGGAGGUUGAGGACACACUGAGAGAGGUUAGGGGAGAUGCGAGAAGAGGGAAUGAGUCUACACUUAUUGAGAAAGUCUGGGGAGAAAGUGGAGUGAGAAAUUCCCAGAAAGCUAAGCAGAGUCAAGUGUAUUUAUUGUCAGCGCAGAUGUGGAGGGUGACUGCAAGUUUGAAGAUAGCAGACAGACAUGUCUUCCUGGGGGUGAAGCUCCUGCAGGAAUGGAGUUUGUGAGCUGUGAGCUGACCCAUCACAAGGAGUGUCAUUCUCAGUCUUUCCGGAGGAGGAGGAAGAAUCUAGCCAAUUGCAGUGCUGAUGUGUGUGCUUUAAGGUACUCUCUGGGAAGACUGCUGUGGGCUCCCAGGAGACCUGAGUACUCAAGAAAGAAAUGCAAGGCCACCUCUGCAGCACAAGAAGUAAGCCACUUCAUUUGUAAGAAAUACUGACAUCUUCAGAGGUGGGGGCUUACAGAUUUGCCUCACUUAAAUGUUGGAAAACAGAAGGGCUCGCCCUCCACCAGCCUCCCAGUCUCCCACCCUAUCCCCACUUCCUUCCACAUAGGGGAUAUCC